GGUUACUGCAAGGUGUCUGUUUGAAAAGUCUCAUUUAAUCAGUCUGUGGUGCUUCUUUAUCACCAGGAUGCAGCCAGAGGUUUCCAGCAAAAGCCAGCUGUCAAAUUCUCUGAAAGUGUAUCUGACUAACAAGGACAGAUUGCAGCCCAUCAUCGGCCUGGGCAGUAUUAUUGAGUGUGUGAAUGUGGGAACACAGAACAGACAAUUGUUGUACCUGUGUGAGGUGUGUAUGUGCCAGCUCAGUCAUGCUGACAUACGGAACCACAUACUGGGAAGUCUCCACAGAUUCAGUUACAUCAAAGCCCACCACCCCCACCUGGUGUCUGAAGACCAGAACUUCAACAUGCCUGAGCAGGCCUGGUCGCUGAUGAUGCUGGCCAAGACGCUGGAGGAAAAAGAGGGGCCAGGAGACGUGCGGUUGUUUGAAGUUGAAGACGCUGUAUACCAGAAGAUGAAAAGACAGAGUGAAGGUCAAGCAAUAACUUGGAUAAACAGUUUGGGAAUUGGCCAUGGUGACUCCGGGGCCUGUCCUCAAAGUUUGUCGGCGGACUUUCCCACCGCACCACCGAGGACUGCUUUGUUUGCAGACCACCAACAGAGCGACAGCAACGGCUAUCUGGACAGCAACUGCGGGGAGAAGCCUCUGAUUGGUCUUGUCCAUGUAGUUGAGUUUAGAUGCUACGAUGGCGUCUUAAAUGGUUUCUUAUGCCACUGCUGUCGCAUCAAAUCAAACAAAAAGGACAUCAUUGAUCACCUGACCAGCUCUUCCCAUAUCAUCAAUUACUUGAUGGAGAACUAUCCUGACCAGGUGGAGGGGAGCAACGAAGAGAUCAAAGACAACUGGCAGCUUCUUCAGUCGCUGGCUGACGAGGCGGAGCAGCACGAGGGCCGAGGAGAGUGGAAGGUGGUACAUUUAUCCGAACCUCAAUGCAUGCAACUUGCUGGUAAAAGCUAUCACUGGUGUUUAAAGAUGCUGUCAAGAGGAUGGCCAAACGCUAAGACUGAAAAACAGGGAGAAACUGUUAAAGGGCCAUGUGUGAAAAAGACUUCACCUCAGUUUAAAUCAGAGAAAUGCAUUUUGAUGCCAAAACAAAGAAAAAACAGGAGAAAUGUGAGGAAGAUCAAGAAAAGGAUCGACCCUGUGUUCAUGGUGAACCUGACUCUCAACAAAGGGGAAAUGCUACUGGAGAGGACGCCUUUCAGUGCCGACAGCCUCCUUGAGUCAUUUGCUCCAGUCACAUCUGACUCGGAUCCAGAUUUAGAGUCCGGGAUCCUGGACUGUGAGUCUGGAUGUGACACCCCGCCUUAUGCAGUUGACCUUGCUGAAGGCUCACAGCUCCAGAUCUCACGACCAUGGCAGGACCUCUAUCCAGGGGAAGUCUGGACAAGUGAAUUUAUAUCAGAAGGGCAGGCCCCUUCCACCGACUUUCAGGGUGUGGAUGAUUAUGUAAACGACGGUGAGGGCUUUUAUCAGUCUCAUGAUGCGACUCAGACAGAAAACCAUACAGCACAUGAAGGAUGGGGGUACAACGGAUGUCAUCGUUCUCAAGGAAGUGUAAACAACAGGUUUCCUAGAAAGUGGGAAAAUGAAGAUUUACUUUCAAAUACUCAUGGUGGGUUUCCUGCUGCGCCAAAUGGUGAAGACUGGACAUUUGAUAACUCUUACUACAUGCAGCAGGAAGGUGGCACUGAGCAGUUAUCCGAUUCAGCUUCAAUGAUUAGAGAUGGAACAGGAAUGGAGGGUUUGCAACAGAGGAGGGACACGGACAUGGGCUUCAGCGCUGUUCAGCAUCAUCACCCGCAGCAGCAUCAGCAUCAGCAGAUGGCAUGGAAUGAUGGAGGUCUGCAGACAGCCAGUAUGUGGGGGAAUGAUUGCAUGUCUCAUGAGGGAGCUUCAUAUUUAUCUGUCCCAAGGAUUAACAUGCAAACUCCUCCCAGAGACGCCCUCGUGCACAGUGGGAGCUUUUCCCAGGGCCUGAGAAAACAGGUCCCUGUUACUGAUUCGAGGCAGUGGCAAACAUGCUCAAAGUUCAACAUUAAUCAUUCCCAGACGAGUCCGGCAGGUUUUACGACACACUCCACAAGCUAUCCAGUCAGCCAAGUGAACCACAGGCUGAUGGCGUAUGCCAGCUACAACGCUGAACCAGGGAUGAACCCUGAGCAGCCAUUUGCUUACCCAAUCAGCAGCAACGGCUGUUGGAGUACGACACAGACAAAUGCUUUUGCUCAGCCUGGGCAAGCUGUGUAUUACGGAGUCUGAUAUUUCUGACAUGUCACCUUUCAAUGCCUGAAUGAAAGUGCCUUUUACCACCUCACUGAGUCAAACUCUGGCUUUUUUUUUUGUCUAUAUGGAGAUAAAUGCAAAUGUGAAAAUUUGCUUCAACUACCUUUUCCUUUUUUUUAUGGCAGAAUUGAUCAUUUGUUGAAUUUACAGGGAUUUCUUAUGUUCAUUCACUGAAUCUUGACACCAAAUUAGUUUUUGAACAAUGUAACUAAUGUCAGAAUGUGAAGUAUUUUCCUGGAUAUCCGAACAGACUUGGAGUAGUUUGUGAUUUUGUAAAAAUAAUUUUUGAUUUUGAUGUUCAAUUUAGAAUUACAAAGUAUCUCAAUCUCUUGUCAUGAAUGAUAUUUAUGAAAUGUGAUUCAAGUUGGGUGAUGAAGAACUGUGCGAGAUGAUUGAAUGUGAAAUGUAUAUUGAAUGCAUUUUGUUUGUCUCAUUGUGAAGUAAAUGUAAAUGUAAAAGUAAAUUGUGAAGAGAUGUUUCACUACUACCAUAUCACCCGAAACAGUGUGCAUUUGUGAAUGUAUGUCAGAGCUGGAACAAAACCUGAGAGUUGUUGUUCUGAAGUGCUGUUAAUGGUAGCAAUGUUGUAGCAAUGUUCAAUGUUAAUGGUCAGUUUCAUUUGUACUUUUUUAUGCCAGAGUGACUGCAUAUAUGUGCAAACUGUGCCUUAAUAACCCCGAAUACGAGCUCAUGUGUAUGUUCUGCUUGUUGUAAGGAGCAUUUCAUUUCUUUUUUGACCAGCUUCAGUGUCUUCAUAUAAAUUCUGAGGUACUGUAAAUUUAGUGUUGUGAUAUAAAGAGUUGCUGAAGUCA